GCUUGCACUCGCUACAAAGAAAGUAGUCGUGUGUACGUACCAGAAGUUUUAUUUGAAUUUCUUAUUUGAUGACAGCAACAACUCGAAACACAUCGUUCAUUAUUUCCGCGAAGAGAUCUUAAAAAUAAUAAUUUUAAAUACAAAUAUUGAAAUAUAUUAUAUUAUACAUUACUAUUAGUGUCUCUAUCAUAAAUUAAAUAUGUGUGGACAUUAUUCUUUAAUGGUUUUCCUAAUGUUAGCAAUUGGAUUACAAGAUAUUUAUUGUCAAAAACAAGAACUAUCAGGAAAAUGUAGAGCUCCUGAUAAGGCGCCUUUAAAUCUUGAAAUAAUAAUUAAUAUUUGCCAAGAAGAAAUCAAAUCCGCAUUACUUCAAGAAGCAUUAGAUAUCAUCAAUGAUGGCAAUUUGGAACAAAAUACGCCAAGCUAUAGCAGUAGAUCAAAAAGAGAUGCUGAUGAAGAUUUGACUAAUGAGGAACGUAGAGUUGCAGGGGUAAGAUAAUCAUAUUGUUUUAUU